AAUACCACAGUGCUGGAAGGGGUUGCUGUCAGGAGUCCAGGAACUCCUCUGCCUAGAAAGGAAAGCUAGCCAUGACCAACUGGGAGGGGGGCUAGAGCUUGUGGCUGGAUUGGAAGUGGCCAUGUAGGUCACAUCUGGGCUGGUCUCCUGACCUCCUGACACCAAGGUCUGAGUACCUCCUGUGAUCCCUGCCAGCAUCCAUGAGGCAGGCAAGAGAAAGAGUGCUUUGUGAAGGUCCUGCAGCAGAAGACAGACACAGAAGUGGAACUUCAGGAAGAAGCUUGAUCCCCAGGGCCACUGGAGUCUGACGACCAGUGUAUGGAGAGCCAUGAGAAUCCAGGCAUGUUUUCCCGGCUGCUCAGGUUAUUUCACAGGGAGAAUGGCGAUCAAGGAGAGACCAGACCAAGGCAGAAGGAAUUUGGCAUCCUUUCUUAUGAAAAAGGAAGAAUGAAAUCAUUCUGGGGAAGACACGUGUCUGCUGGGAAAACAUCAUCCCAAAGUUGCAACAUCACUAAUCAUAUGAAGAAUAUGAAUAAACUAGAAGAUAUGAAAUUUUAUAUCAGGAAGAUAAAUGCUGAGCGGGAAGAACUUUUUCGAAUCUUGGACAUUGACAUGAAUACUGAUUUGAACUACAGCAUCAGGCACACCCACCUCCUGAAAAAAUGCAAUCAAUUGAAGAAAAAAGUAAGGAUGUUGCUGAAUGAGAACAGAAAGCUGCUGGUAGAGCAGGCUGACCAGGAGGCAUCCUUUGGUGAAGAAAAGAGUUCUGUGAUGAGACCAGCAAGAACAUACAUCCCAAGUGCAAAGCAGCAGCAGGUGUGAAAUACUCCAGCAGAAACUGGAUCAUGGAAGAGAUCAGGACAAGGUCUCCUUUGAAGAGAACUUCUAUAGUGGGAUCCCUGCGUGUGCGAAGCAAAUAUUUCAUCUCAUCCCCAGUAAUCAUGGCUAUCAUCUGCUGCAUUUUCUUCCUUUACUUUUGUUUCCUUGCAAUGAAUAGCACUUAUUUUCAUCUAUGCUCUGGAUCAGCAAGAGUGAGACAUGUGCUGAGGCACAUCAAGAGCUACUGGGGAAACAGGAAGAUUCUGAGAGUGUAAAUUUUUCUUGUCCUUAUAGGUCAUCAAGGAAAAUUACAAAAUCAUUCUACAAAAUUGCAAAGACUUUGAGCCAAAGUCUGUAACAUGUUUUCUGCUUAGUCUUGGGUGUCCAUAUUUUUCAAACCCAUACUCCCAAAAAGGAGACCUACUUAAAUUUCUCUUGUAAAGAUUGUUACCAGAGUAACUUAUUUUCUACUGUGUUGCCAAGGACAGUCAUGGGCUGUAAGUCUGUGCUCCUAAAUGACAGCCAAAGAAGGCUCUUUAGCACAAUUCUUGUUUUUAGAUUUUGGUUUGAGCUUUGAUUACUUUUGUUAUUUGGUUUCCUUUUGUUUCAUUAGACGUUUUUUGUUUGUUUCUUUGCUGUUGUUUUGUUUUGUAAUUGAUUUAAUAUUUUGAUAAGGCUAUACACUUUACUUAUUGACUGCCCACUUUUAGUUACUAUUGAGUAAAUUGGAUGUAUUCUUAUGAAUAAAACAGUGAUGUCUAA